CGGUCCUGCCCGCCUCGCCGCCAGUGCGGCGCUGGUGCUCAUCAUGGCGGCAGCCGCCAAGCUGCUUGGCGGGGUUGCCCGCGGGCCGCCCGCCCUCGCUCUGGCAGCCGUGGCAGGCCGGCGAGCGCUGGGCUCCAUGCCGCCUGGGGUAGCGCCAUUCCGGGAGGGUCGGCGGGCCGCGCUGGCGGCGGCGGCGGGGGCGCUGGGCGGGCUGGGGCUGGGGCUGUGGAAGUGGCAGCAGGCCGAGAUGGCGGCGUCCAGGGAGGACGAGGAGGAGAAGGAGGAGGAGGAACUGCGGAAGCGGUUCAUGGCGCCGCCGGUGAGCGGGCUGAGGGAGCUGAGGCGGCGGCGGCGGGAGCUGCGGAGCCGCAUGGAGCUGCUCAUCAUGGAGACGCAGGCGGAGGUGUGCCGCGCCCUGGCCGCUCUGGACCCCGGCGCCGCUUUUGCUGUCGACACCUGGGAGAGGAAGGAAGGCGGAGGCGGCAUCAGCUGCGUACUGCAAGACGGCGAGGUCUUCGAGAAGGCGGGUGUGAACGUGUCCGUCGUGUUCGGGCUCCUGUCCGAGGAGGCAGCCCGGCAGAUGAGAAGCAGGGGGAAGUCUCUGAAGGCCAAAGACGGGAAGCUGCCAUUUUGCGCCAUGGGUGUGAGCUCUGUUAUCCAUCCAAAGAACCCUCAUGUUCCAACCAUGCACUUCAACUAUAGAUACUUUGAAAUUGAAGAAGCAGACGGAAAUAAACAGUGGUGGUUUGGUGGUGGGACAGACCUCACUCCAACUUACUUGAAUGAAGAGGAUGCUGUUCAUUUUCACAAGACUCUGAAAGAAGCCUGUGACAAGCAUGAUCUGAAGCUGUAUCCCAAGUACAAGAAAUGGUGUGAUGAUUACUUCUAUAUCAAACACCGUGGUGAGCGAAGAGGGAUUGGAGGCAUAUUCUUUGAUGAUGUGGACUCUCCCUCCAAGGAGGAAGUAUUCCAGUUUGUGAAGAGUUGUACCAAGGCUGUUGUGCCUUGUUACAUUCCCCUUGUGAAAAGGCACUGCCAUGACUCCUUCACACCAGAGGAAAAGCUGUGGCAGCAGAUUCGGAGAGGACGGUAUGUAGAAUUCAAUUUGGUUUAUGACAGAGGUACAAAGUUUGGCCUUCUGACACCAGGAUCAAGAAUUGAAAGCAUUCUUAUGUCUCUACCACUGACUGCAAGGUGGGAGUACAUGCACACCCCUCCAGAAAGCUCGAAAGAAGCAGAAAUCCUGGAGGUUCUGCGCAAUCCCAAAGACUGGGUGCACUGACACUGACUUUGGACAAGAUGACCUCCUUACACUGCUUACACUGAGCCAUUAUGAAGGAACAGGAGCACCUGCAGACCAGCUGAUUCAGACUGCUGUUGGCGUGGUGUUUUGGUAUAGCUGUUUAUACCCUGACCUGGUGCCUUAAUAAUGACAUAGAGUUGUUGUAAUUUGCAAAUAUGUGAAAUCAUUCUUUGAGAUUGAUCAUCUAAUGUUAUCACCCCCUGUUGAUAUUGCCUCGUGAAGGACUGGUAAUACCCUCCCAGGACUACUGUGUAUGUUUAAGAACUUCCUCAACUGAUUUGUUUGACUGCAAAAUGGUAAACUACUGUGAAGUGUUUGCCCACUGAAAUGAAAGCAUUAUAUGUGCCUAAAGGCAUUGCUUACUCUUUAAAAAUGUUGGGAUGUUUUAGAAAUAUUUUUUCAAGAAUAAAGGGAAUAUCAGGUAUACUUUUAAACCUUAAAACUCUGCUUUCUGUAAAUGGUGGAAAAGGUGGUACUUGACAUGUAUCUUGAUGUUAUCCAUAUUAAGUUUACCUGGAGGAAGUGUUUUAAGACCUGCUGCAGGAGCCUUUACUAGGGAGGUUGGGGACAGAUCAAGAACCUGUUGGGUAUUGCCCUGAGGUCCUCAAAUACGACUUUAUGCUUCUCCCAUAUUUUGACCUUCCCCCAGCCAACAUGGACGUUGUCAAAAACCCUGUGGGAAAAGCAAGUGAGAGGUGGCACCAUCCCUCUUCAGCAGAGGAAAAAGCAGCAUACCCUAUGCCUUGGGAAAUCGAACUCUGAUCUCCCAUGUGACAGGCAGGGAUACUUACCACUAUACUAAAGAGUAAAAUAACGAUAAGUUGAGUACUUGCAGCACCACCUAUGAUACUACAUCUGGUGGUGUGGUCUCUGUGUGGUGACUGUCCCGGUGCCCUCACUAGCUGCCCUCUAAUCACCAAAGUCAAACUUUCCCUCGCGGGCUACCGUGUUUACUUCGUGUUACCCUUCCUGUUUUAAAAUACAAUAAUUUUUUAAAACUUAAAAAAAACUAAAUAAUGUUCAGUAGUAGUCGUCUUUCCUACAGUGUGGGAAGUAAAAAAGU